AUGGAAGCGGAAAUACAAGCCCGAAUUCCAAACAUAGAUAAUGUCUUGUCCGAGUACUCCGUGGGCUAUCUGAAUCAUGCCUCCAAAUUAUACGUAUCUGAAGAGGAUCCUUCUGCCGAAUCACCCUUGAGUGAAGCUCUUGAGACAGUGACUUCAUUGCUCGUUUCAGCAUCAGGGGAUUUCUCGGAGCAGAAUGAAGCUGCAAUUCGGAGUCUUGUUGAGAAAUUCGUUUCAAAGUUCAGCGAGGCAAAUGGCAUCAAUUCAGAGUCUCGACAGAUUCCUUUUGCUGCUAAACGCCUCGAGCAGACCAUUCAAGUCAGCUCCCAACGCAAUGUCUCCUCUACUCUAGGGUUGACAAGCGCUGCCGUGGAUCUCGAGGCUGCAAAUGCCCGCAAAGUUGAAUCAAAAGUCGACAAGAAGAAACUCGAGAAAGCCGAGCGGAAGAUUCGAGCCAAACAGGACAAGAAAGUCAUGAAAAAUGUCGAAUAUGAAGCCUCCAGACUCAUCGAUCAGCCAGACAGCACACAGUCGUAUGAGGAAUUCUUCAUGGCGGUCAACCCUCUGCAACUCGGUGCUGAUGCUCAAACCAAGAGCAAGGAUAUCAAAGUCGACGGAAUUGAUGUCUCCAUCUCCGGUAAACGAAUUCUCACCGACACCAAUCUCACACUGGCAUAUAGCCGGAGAUACGGUUUGGUUGGUCAGAACGGUAUUGGUAAAUCUACUUUACUGCGAGCUCUGAGUCGUCGUGAAAUUGCCAUUCCUACACAUAUUUCUAUUCUUCACGUGGAACAGGAGAUCACUGGAGAUGAUACUCCAGCUCUUCAAGCCGUCUUAGAUGCAGACGUAUGGCGUAAGCAUUUACUACAAGAGCAGGAGAAGAUUACCAAACAGCUCGCUCAGCUCGAGGCGGAACGUUCUACACUGGCCGACACAUCCAAGGAUGCAGGCCGUCUCGACAAGGAGAAAGAUGGACUUGAUAUCACCUUGGGAGAUAUUCAAGCCAAGCUGAGUGAAAUGGAAUCUGACAAGGCUGAGUCUCGAGCAGCCAGUAUCUUAGCAGGCUUGGGUUUCUCAACAGAACGACAACAAUUCGCAACCAAGACAUUCUCUGGAGGUUGGCGUAUGAGAUUGGCCCUCGCACGAGCAUUGUUCUGUGAACCUGACUUACUCUUGCUCGAUGAACCUUCCAACAUGUUGGACGUGCCUUCCAUCACCUUCUUGUCGAACUACCUACAGACCUACCCAAGUACAGUGCUGGUGGUUUCCCACGAUCGAGCGUUCCUCAACGAAGUCGCGACAGACAUCAUCCAUCAACACUCUGAAAGACUUGACUACUACAAAGGAGCCAACUUUGACUCUUUCUACGCCACAAAGGAAGAGCGCAGAAAGACGGCAAAGCGCGAAUACGAAAACCAAAUGGCCCAACGCGCGCAUCUGCAAGCUUUCAUCGACAAGUUCCGCUACAACGCCGCCAAAUCAUCCGAAGCACAAUCGCGCAUCAAGAAACUCGAGAAAAUGCCCGUGCUCGAACCCCCAGAGGCCGAAUACCUCGUCCACUUCAAGUUCCCAGACGUGGAGAAGAUGUCUCCACCCAUCAUCCAAAUGACCGAUGUCUCAUUCGGCUACACGCCCGACAAGCCACUGGUCCGCAAUGUCGACCUAGACGUCCAGCUCGAUUCGCGUAUCGGCAUCGUAGGUCCCAACGGCGCCGGCAAAACCACGGUCCUCAAGCUCCUGAUCGGCCAGCUCCAGCCCACCGGCGGCCUGAUCUCACAGAACCCACGUCUCCGCAUCGGAUUCUUCGCCCAGCACCACGUCGACGCCCUGGACAUGAACACCUCCGCCGUCGGCUUCAUGCAGAAAACAUACCCCGGAAAGACCGACGAAGAAUACCGCAGACACCUCGGCGCCUUCGGCAUCACGGGCAUGACCGGCCUACAGAAACUCGAACUCCUCUCCGGAGGUCAGAAAUCACGCGUCGCAUUCGCCUGUAUCUCGCUCACGAAUCCGCAUAUUCUGGUCCUCGACGAACCGUCCAAUCAUCUCGAUAUCGAGGCCAUGGACGCCUUGUCGACCGCGUUGCAGAACUUCCAGGGUGGAGUGCUCAUGGUCAGCCACGACGUUACCAUGCUGCAGAAUGUGUGUACGAGUCUGUGGGUCUGUGACAAGGGCUCGGUCGAGAAGUUCCCCGGCGACGUCAAUGCGUAUAAGAAGAAGAUCUCGGCGCAGGCCAAUGAGGCGGGUGUCGUGCAGGCGCAUUGA